CCAACAGCUAAACAUACACCUAAAGUCACGACAACGUGACGGUUUCUUGGACUGUGGAUUUCCCUUCUUUAGACUUGAUACCCGGAAAAUCCUCUCCAGCAUUGCUAUGGCUUCCAUACUACGACAGAUUGUGGCCGGCCCCCGUGCGAGGCACCCCGAGGCCGGACUUGACCUCUGCUAUGUGACGGACAAUAUUAUCGCUACUUCUGGUCCCUCGGAUACUUAUCCUCAGCGCGCCUACCGAAACCCCCUCGACCGUCUGGUCGCAUUCCUAGACGAGAAGCACAAGGACAACUGGGCAAUAUGGGAGUUCCGCGCCGAAGGCACUGGCUACCCCGACGAUGCCGUGUACAACAGGAUCAGGCAUUACCCGUGGCCGGACCACCACCCCCCGCCCUUUCGACUGAUACCCCUGAUCAUGGCCAGCAUGCGGAACUGGCUGGAGGGUAACGACUUGCAUGACGACACCGCUGCUCGGAACGCGCAUAAAGACAAGGACAGCAACUUGGUUGGCAAGGUGAUAGGGCAUUGGAAGGACAUGAACAAGAACAACCCUAGAGUCAUCGUGGUCCAUUGCAAGGCCGGCAAGGGAAGGAGUGGGUCGACUGCGUGCAGUUUUCUGAUUUCCGAGUGCGGGUGGAAGCCCGAGCAGGCCCUGGCCCGGUUCACAGAGAGACGGAUGAGGCCCAAGUUCGGACCAGGUGUCAGCAUACCGAGUCAACUGCGCUGGGUAGGCUACGUGGAUCGGUGGACGAAGGGCGGCAAGAAAUACGUCGAUCGCGAGGUGGAGAUCUUGGAGGUCCAUGUGUGGGGACUGCGGAACGGCGUCAAGUUCGCCGUCGAGGGCUUCGUCGAUGAGGGAAAGAAGAUUAAAGUCUUCCAUACGUUCAAUAAGAAGGAGCGUCAUGUCGUCGAGGGGGAUCCGCCAGGUAGUACAGGCAUCAUGGAUACCUUCUAUGAUAUGGCCGGUUACGGCACCAAUCCAUCCGGUGAUGCACCUGGCUUGUCCCCCGAAAAGGAGCGCGAGGUCAUCAACGAUGCCAGGGAACCGAACACCCAGAACGAGCCCGCGAGCGCGACCACCCAAUCUGAAUCUAACAGCCCCGUCACGCCUAGUUCGAGCACGUCUAAGCUGAGUAAACGAUACACGAAACUGAUCGAAAGAACGCCUUCGACCUCGGGUAUUAGCCGCUCCAAGUCGAAGAAGGAGAAGGCCAAAGAUAAGAUCAGGUCAUCCGCAUCUGCCAGUUCAUCGACUUCCUCCCUCAACAAAGCCAGCGUGGAUACUGAACCCGGCGGCAAGGCCGUCAUAUUCAAGCCUCUUGAGCCCGUCCGCGUCCCAACAAGUGACGUCAACAUAACUGCAGAACGCCGCAAUCGCGCGCCAUCUUCCAUGGGACUAACCAUGGUGACAGCGGUCGCCCACGUCUGGUUUAACGCUUUCUUCGAGGGCAACGGCCCAGAACAGGACGGCAAACCUGAAGAGGAAGGCAUAUUCGAGAUCGAGUGGGACAAGAUGGACGGAAUCAAGGGCUCAUCGCAGAGGGGGACGAAGGCCAUGGAGCGCAUAGCCGUGGUCUGGCGGUUCGCACCCUUGCAGGAGACACAGGCCGAGCCCAUCAUUGUUGAGCCAGAUGUUGGGGAACCGGUGCCGCAGAUGGAGCCGGCCAACUGGAAAGGAGGCAAUGAAGUAGACCCCGGGCUGGAGAAGAAACUGGGCCUGCGUGUCCAAAGCCCGGACUCUGCAAGUGUUAGCCAAGCAAGCAGCAUCAAUGAGCAGGUCGCGGGUCAUGGAAAAGCCGGAGAUGAAGACGACUUGGAUUCGUUGAGCGGAGUCAAGAGCGACAUUGGCGGUGCACCCAGUGAAGCCUCGGCCGAGGAAGUCGGAGAAGACCAACAGUAUCGCGGUAGGAAGGGCAAGGAGGUCAGCGAGCACGACAAGCUGGCGGCUUAUAAGGAGAAGCUUCCUAGCCCCGAGGGCUCAGAAGGCGCUGGAAAUGGUGCACAGAAGUAAGAGAAACUGCCGGGUCAGGCCUUCUGGUGGUGACGAGAUAGGUAGCAUUCUCUGGUAUUGUAGCAGGCGUUGUGCGAUUACUGGUGUUAGACGAUAUUGGCAUCUGUAUUUGUAUUGAGCGACCUCCCCGAAAGCAUGAGUUUCGACUCGCUUUUUUGAUACCACUAUAUCUUGUU